UUAUUUAUUUAUAAAAACAAAAGCGAACGCAGUUGCAUUUUGUGGACUUUAUAACGACGCAGUAAAAUGGGUGAAAACUUAAAAGAGGAAGGUUACAGCAUGGAGCAAGAUCAAGAGGUUGGCGGCAAAAACUAUUCACGCUGCAGUAGCGCAGGCAGCACCCACACACCAAACUCUUCAGCUCAUAACUCUGAUGAUGACGACGAUAGCGGCGAUGCGCGACACUCGGCUGCCAACUCAAAUUCCACACUCAACUUGAGCUACAAGGAGCGCAGGCGUUCAGCACACACACAAGCAGAACAGAAGAGACGGGAUGCGAUUAAGAAGGGCUAUGAUAGUCUACAAGAAUUAGUGCCACGUUGCCAGCCAAACGACUCAUCCGGUUACAAGCUCAGCAAAGCGCUGAUAUUGCAAAAAUCCAUCGAAUACAUUGGCUAUUUGAAUCAGCAAAAACUGAAACAGGAGGAUGAGGGCGCGGCGCUGCAGAAAGAGGUAACUGCGUUGCGAAUAAUACAAAGUGGGUAUGAGACAAUGUUGCAGCACCAGCAAGCCAACCCGGGACCCAAGGAAGCACGCCUCACAGACGAGGCCAAAUUUCAAGUGUUUCAGGCUAUAAUGGAGGAAAUGUUUGAGACCUUUCAGCAUAUACCAAUGGACAAUUUCAAGCAGCUGACCAGUGGCAUUAUACCGUGGCUAGAAGAGCACUGCAAGCCACAUAUUCUGCGUAAUAUACUGAGCCGCACACUUCAGCAAAUGGCACAAGAGGCACAGGAGAAGCAGCAGCUGCAGCAGGCUAUGGAGCAGGAGCCAGGAGAGAGUUUCAGUUGAUACACUGCAAUAAUUGUUGUAAAAUGCCUUCAUUUUUUCAUUAAGUACAAAUAGUAAAUGCGUCGUUUAGUUGUUGUUAAA